UACUCAUAAUAAAAAUAAAUUGUAGCGGGCUUAUUGUACAAGAUGAAAUACAGAAAUUCGAAAGAAACAUUCAUAGUUCCGGAUAUAAUAUUCUCAAAUUAAUUAUUCGUUUAUUGCAAGUACAUUUUUAUAUCAAUUUUAUAAUUCAGAAGAAAAUAAUAAAGUUGAUAACCUAUACAGAUAUUAACAGUGACAUUGAAUCGCGAAUAAAAAUAAUAUGACUACGUCAUAGAACAAAUGUUUUAUUGAUACAUGUCUUCAAGAAGAUUUGACAUUUAUUAAGACAGUCUUUAUUGUAGUUUUAUUAUUUUCAAAGGUAUUAGAUUUGGAGCUUGUUUUCAAAAGGUAAUCAAGUAUGGCUAAAGUGAAAAAAUCUGUCGUUAAAGACAGAAGGUCAUCUAUCAUUAAAAUUUCCAUGGAUACCAGUGAAGAAGACUUCCAAAAUGAAGAAGAGACUAUGGCAUACGUGUUGAGCUCUAUGGUAGUUACUAAUAAUUUGAAAGGUAAAGAAAGAGAGGAAAAAAGUGGAAAAGGAGCGUUUAGAGCAUUGAAUAGAGUAAAUCGUAUCAGAAGUACUGCAUCACUUCAAGUUCAAUUAGAAUUGUACUCCAGAGCAAUUGCCCAUGCACCUCUUGAAUCGUAUGAACUAGUCAGAGCAUAUACUGAACGUUCGGAAUUAUUAUUAAAUCAAGGCUACUAUAAAGAUUGUUUAAAAGAUAUAGAAAGAAUAUCGAAAAUUGGCUGUUGCAAUGAAAUGAAAGCAGACUUUUAUACGCGUAAAGCCAAAGCUCUAUGGGGCCUUAAUCCAAGAAUGCGUCCAGAAAUAGAAAAAGCUAUAACCAAAGCUCAAUGUUGGUUGACAGAGGCAAAUGAAGAAACUCGACAAAACAUAGAAACAUCUUUGAACUUAAUAUUAAAGAAUUAUGCUUUGAAAACGAAUUUCAUACAACACGAUUUGGGUAAAUUAAUACCUCUAACUCCAAAAGAUAAUCCUCGAGUAGUAGGAGCUUCCGGUUCUAUCGAGCUUAAAUUUUCAGAAAAUUUUGGGCGUCACAUUGUAGCUACUAAAGACAUAAAAGUUGGUGAAGUUAUUUUCGUACAAAAAGCUUAUUCUCUUAUUCUUUCUUCUGAAUGUUGGUACACUUACUGCUGGUAUUGUUCAAAACGAACUUGGUCCUCUGUAGGAUGUAAUAAUUGUGUAAAUGUAAUUUAUUGCGAUGAAAGUUGUCGAGAUAAAGCUUGGGUCGAGUAUCAUGAUAUGGAGUGUGACGUAAUUUCCUAUUUACUUGCAAUGGGCCAGCGCGAAUGGCUUGAUUUAAUGGCUGCAAGGAUAACAAUCAAAGCAAUCAAGGAAGCUGGUUCUUUGCAAAAUUUAAAAACUUAUCUUCUUAAUAUUGAUAAAAUCCCAGAUCCGACCGAAAAAUUUUUCACUGACAAUGUACAUGAUAGUUCAAAAUAUUCAACAGUAUAUUCUCUGGUACAUGAUGUUUCAUUUAGAGAAAAAUCAGAAGUUGACGGACUUUCUAUAAGUAGUGCAUAUAUUCUUCACGCUUUUGCUUUAUCAUCCAAUCUUCUAGGUGAUGGAAUCAAUGACAUACGAGAUUGUGCAAACAAUGAAUGGGCUCUUUUUCUAGGAGAAUUGAUCUUAAGGAACAUACGAAUUAGCUCAUUGAACUGCUUCUCUUUAUCUACGCCAUUUAUUGAUAUGAAAAGAGGUGACUUACUUGGAUCUUUUGCAAGUUUUUUCAACCAUAGUUGUUUUAGCAACGUAUGCCCUGCACAUUAUGGAAAUACAAUGACAUUCCGAGCCUCUCAACAGAUAAAAAAGGGUGCUCAACUGUUUAUAUCUUACGGAUCAAGCUUUGAUGAAACACCCACACUUCAGCGAAGAGAACAAUUAAAAGAUGAUUAUAAUUUCUGGUGUGAGUGUAUAGCUUGUCACUACGAUUGGAACCCGGCAUCUAUCUUUCCGACUUUGGUUAAUAAACGUACCUUAAGUGAGAUCGAAUUAAAAAUAAAAGAAUUAAUACAAAAGAACGAUAAAAAAGCUCUAACGACUAUGCAACAAUCUUCUAAAAGUAACACAUGGAAUGACAAUUCUCACACCUUACAAUCGUUGUGUGAUCUCUUAAAUUUAAUGUGUGAAAAUUUAGAUUAUCGUAGUCGGGAAAUGUUAUCUUUUAAGAUUUUAUUGGAAUCUAAUUAUGUACAUAAUGCCGAUAUUUACAAUGAUAAUUGUUAUAUUGUAAAAUGUACGUGAAGAUCAUCAACUUUAAGUAACGGUAAUUAAUAAUAAUUAUGAAUAAAAAAUUUAUAUUAAAUUCUAUAAGUUGAAACUGAUCGAGUAACUGAGUCUAUACUGAUAUAAACAACAAACCUGAUUCGAUAAAAAUCAUUUUAAACCAUGAAAAUUAUUUCUAAGAUAACCAGUUGUCUUUCUUCAGGAGUUAUACUAAUUAUUUGUAAAUUCUUUAAUUAAAAUCUCUUUGAGUAAUAAUAAUUUUUCUUUUAAAAUAUUUAUAUUUUUGUUUUAAGUAAUAGUUUCUUCGAUCAAAAUGUUAUCAACUUGAGCUAAAAAAAAAUACGAUCCAUUAAAAGAAAAUAAAUUUUUGCUUCGAUCAACAAAAAAAUUACGACAAUUUUUUAAAUUAAUGUUAUUGUUUAUCUUAUCGAAAAGAAAAAUCUUAUCCGAAAGAAUGAAUAUGUAUUUUGUUUAGAAACAAUGAAGUGCUUCGCUGGAGGGUGAAAUUCUUAAA